GGGAAUUUGGGAUAAUUAUUUUCCCAAAUAUUCCCAUUCCAACAGUAUUAUGACUGCAUUUAUGAAAUAAUUGCUAGUACAAUCAUGUCGUGACGAUAGAUAUAGUAAUUUUUGUAGAUAAAUCGUGUUUAUAGGCGUUUUGGAGUCUCCAACAUGGGUAUCACAGGUUUGAUCCCGUUUUUGGAGAAGGCCUCACGGCGGGCUAACGUGGGUGAGUUCAGCGGGUGCACCGUCGUCAUAGACUCGUAUUGUUGGCUGCACAAGGGAGCCUUUGCCUGUGCUGAUAAGUUAGUGAGAGGAGAAGAGACUGACAUACAUAUAAAGUAUUGCUUGAAGUAUGUGACCAUGCUGCUGGCAAAGAACAUUAAACCGAUAUUGGUGUUUGAUGGACGCCAUCUGCCAGCUAAAGCUAUGACUGAAGCUAAGAGAAGAGAGUCUCGGGACAUAUCGAAGAAAAGAGCAGCUGAAUUAUUAAGUCUUGGAAAGAUUGAAGAAGCCCGAUCUUACAUGCGACGCAGCGUCGACAUCACUCACGCCAUGGCACUCAGCCUCAUCAAGGAGUGCCGUAAACGCAACGUGGACUGCAUAGUGGCUCCGUACGAGGCUGAUGCCCAGUUGGCAUAUCUAAACAUCAAGAAUAUAGCCCAGUUGGUUAUAACGGAGGACUCUGACUUGAUACUGUUUGGGUGCACGAAGGUCCUCUUCAAAAUGGACCUCGACGGUACCGGCACGCUAGUGGAGACCGCCAAGUUGCCUCUGAUCAUGCGGUGUCCCAUCGAGCACUACCGCUUCGACAAGUUCCGGCAGAUGUGCAUCAUGUCCGGGUGCGACUACCUGGCCUCGCUGCCCGGCAUCGGCUUGGCUAAGGCCAGGCAGUUUGUUACGGCCACGCAGGACAGCAAUUUUGCCAACGCCCUCAAGAAACUGCCAAGCUUCUUCAAUCGCUCCAGCCUUACAGUGACGGAUGAAUACCGAGAGAACUUCCUAAAGGCGGAGGCGACGUUUAAACACCAGUACGUCUACGACCCUAUUGAGAGACAGAUGGUACGGCUGACUGAACCCGAUGACGAAGACAUAGAAAAAGCGUUGUGCGUAAACGCAGGCGAACUACUGGACCCUAAGACUGCAUUUCAGCUAGCUUUAGGAAACUUGGACCCCUUCUCUUUAAAGAGGAUGGAUGACUGGCACCCAGACUACAGACCUGUUGAAAACGGAAUCAAAACAGACAACUGGAAGGACAAAGGUACUGCCCCCCACCCCAGUAUAUGGAGCCCUGACUUCGUAAAAUACCUCCAAGACGAAACUCCUUGGCUGAAGAAGGUUAAAAGAGUGGAGCCCAUCAUAGCCAUGCCUACAGUCAGGUCUAGGAAGGUUGUUAAUCUAGUGACUAAGGUCGUCCCGGAGACUCAAGACGAAAGUUUAUCAAUAGAAACACUAAGCAACAUGUACUGCGUAGAACCGGCGUUGAAAAAACCAAAACUAGAUCCAGACGCAACAUUAGACCUAAGCGAUAACUACCUAGACUCCCUCAAUUCACAAGACCCAAAUAAAGCAUUCAAAAGCGAAGAAAUCGAAAGAAACAUACCUGAGAACAAGUCUCCUAUCUUAGAAAAUAAGCAAAGAUCUUUUAAGAAAAGUCUAAGCAAUACUUAUUCGGUUUUGAAACGACUGAGCAAGUUCCCUAGAACAACUUUAGAUGGCAAUGUAGUUGAAAGUAAAUUUUUCAACGGACCUAGUGUUACUAUAGAAGAAUCACCAGAAAGAACUAGUAAAAAUCCAUUUAAAGUAGAUAAUAAACCUGAAAUUGAUCAAGAAGCAACAGUUAGUAAAAAUUCGUUUAAAAUCGAAAAUAACCCAGAAAUAGACCAAGAAUCACCGGAACGUAUCAGUAAAAAUCCGUUUAAAAUCGAGAAUAAAGUAGAGAUAGAUUCUCAAUGUUCUCAGAUAGAAGAUUCUCAGCUUGAGAAUUCUCAGAAGGAAAAUUCUCCAUGCAAUAGCCCUACAAAGCUACCUAGUCCCAUUUUAGAGCCUAGCCCUAGGUGUAAGACGUUUAGGAUGAGAUUGGAAAACGAACUGUCUAGAGAAGUUUUAAGCGAAGAUUCUGUGAUAGAAAACACUUAUCCUAUGGAAGAUUUGGUUACACCAGUGGAUUCUCAGGAAUCCUUCGGUAACUCUCCUCCCAAAACUACUUACAGUGGCACAAUAAGACCUCUACCUCUAAGUCAGCCAGUCAGACCGAACUUUAAGAAGUCUACCUGCAGGGUCCCAGGGUUGAAGCGAACGGCCUCCGUGCCGUGCAAUCAGCCUACCUUGUUGAGCAAGUUCGGAUUUCAGAAGAAGCCAAUAUUGAAGAGAUGAAGAAAAUAAUUUAAAAGAACCUAGAUUUAUCCCACGGAAAACUGUCUAUCACUGCCAUGGCUGAAAAAACUUAGAAAAUCAGCUGUCUCUUUUAUAACAACAAUGACAAGUUUAAUGUGUGAAAGGGACGACUUAACUAUACUACAGCCACACUUUAAAGGAAUUAUCUAUAGGAAUAACAUUAUUUUGUUUUAAGCGUCGAAAAUUGCAUUUAUUUUAUUUGUUAAUUUGUUACCGACAAGGGAGCUGCCCUGAAUGUGUGAUGUUAAUCUUAAUUAUGUGUUAUGAUUAUAAUGAUUUGAAUCUA